UUGGCUUUGUGAGAUUUCUUCGUCCAUUGCAGAUUUUCAAUUCUCUCGCCAUGGAUUUCCGUAGUUUGUCAAGGAGAGAGCUCCAAGCAUUCUGCAAGAGGAAUAAGAUUCCGGCCAAUAUCACUAAUGUCGCCAUGGCCGAUGCUCUUGCCGCUCUUCCAUUGGUUGAAGGAAUUGAUGAUUUCUUGAAUGGAGAAGGAUCUGGAGUACCGGAAUCGCCGAUGAGAGAAGAGAUUGCUCGCUCGGAAAAUCCUCGAACUGCAUUGAGGUCCUCGACGAGAAGAAAGGCCGUCAAAGAUGAGUCGAAGAGCUCACAGCCUAUGACUCGGACGCGCCGUGCAGCAGCGGCAAGAUGUUCAGAGGAGUCGGAAAACACGGAUCUAAACGUGGCUCUGGCUACUCCAUCUUUACCUACUGGCCGAAGAAUAACAUCGGCGGCGGCUACUUCAGCUUGCAAGAAAGUGGAUUUCCAGAUGACGGUUGAUGUUGAGAAAGAAGACAACGAUUUGGAUCAAGAAAAGAACGUGAUUGAAAAAACGCCUGCUGUACCUAAAAGCCAGAAGAGAGUUGCGGCGGCUUCGACUCGUAAAAGAACUGAGGCUCUGAAUAAUGGAGCUACGGAGCAACGGGUUUAUAGUACAAGAAGGUCCGUAAGAUUGUUGGAGAAGAGCAUGGAGAGCAUGAGUUUAGCGGACGAAGGGAAAAUGGAGCCAGUAGCUGUUCAUAUGUCGUUCGAUGAAAUGCCCAAGAGUACAGGAUCUGUGAAGGAGGACACGAACCUGGAAAUUGAGUCCAAGAUAACGGAUGAAUCGGACAGCAAAGUAAAUGAGGAUUCGGAGUUGGGAGAUAAGGAUCAAGAGAAGAAUGAGAUGGGAUCUGAAGUAAAUCUUUCAGAGGCUGAACCAGAAAUGAAUCCUGAUUCAUCCAUUCAUUCUGCAGAAACCCUCGUAGCAAAGAGUUGUGAUAAUUCCGAAACAGAUGUGGCAGCACAAGAUGAUAAAUUAGAUGUGAAAUGCUUCUCCGAAGUUGAAGUGUUAGAAGAAGCUCCCAAAGAUGAUGAUGCCGUGGAGAUUUCUGCUGACGAAAUCAACGAUUCUGGCAAAGUUUCUCUGCCUACUGAAGUGCCAGAAGAAGCACCCAAAGACAAUGAUGAUGCCGUGGAUAUUUCUGCUGAGGGAGUCAACGAUUCUGACGAACUUUCUCUGCCCACUGAGGAUGUGGACCUGACUGAAGUUCACAACUUGGCCAAUGUAGAAGAAUCCAAUACAGAAGUGGAAGACUUAACUGGAGAUGAUUCUGAAGGAGAAGCCGCCAUAAUCAUGAACAAUUCUGCCGAACUGUGUCUGCCCCAUGAAAAUGUGGAAGAAAAAACCCAAGUUAACGACGAUGAGGUCGAAGAAUCUGUUAAUGAAACAGAACCCACAAUUGUAGAAGAUGUUGGCAAUAAGGGAGAAGAAGAAGAAGCAUUGGUGGAGGAUGCUGAUGUUGAAGGUGACAAGAAGGAAAUAGAGAGAGUUUCAGUUGAAGCUGAAGCUGAAGAUGAUGCAUUGAAGUCCAUGGAGGAAUUCCCCGAGAAUGUUUCUGAAGAUUUGGUGGACGUGAAGAUCCAAUUGCCGAUGGAAGAAGAAGCUCCUAAAGAUGCAAUGAAGUCCAUGGAGGAAUUCCCCGAGAAUGUUUCUGAAGAUUUGGUCGACGUGAAGAUCCAAUUGCCGAUGGAAGAAGAAGCUCCUAAAGAUGUGAAUGAUUCAGAGCCCAAAAUCCCAAAUGACAUAAAUUUUGAAGUAGUGGACGUUUCAGUAGUUACCUCAACAGAAGAAAUUCCCACUUCCUCUUCCAACAUAAGUGGAGUUGUUCAACUGGGAACCCAAUUUCCUCGGCCAACUUUGAAUAAAUCUCCCCUCAAAAAGCAAACCGUUAUUGGACUGCUGAUGGAUCACUCGGAUGCUGAAGAGGAAGACGAAGAAGAGAAGGAAAAAGUAGAAGGCUGCACUCAGAGGCAAAUUGUGGUGGAGAAUAAUGACAUGAGCUUAAGACAACUGAGGAAGAUGAUCAAGGAACUCCAACUUAGCAAAAAGAAGAUGGAUAAUGCAAAAGUUGGGGAGAAGGUGAGAACUGCCUUGCAACCACUGCCAGAAAACAGAAUGGCCAUGGAUGAAGUGGAGAAGAGAUUCUAAGUCUUCUUUUGAUUCAUAUGAAUUUGUUGUGUGGGCCGGGCUGGGCUGGGCAUGGUUCAAACUAUGGGUUUGCCUCAUGUUUCGUUUGAAUUUGUUUCUUUCUGUGAGUUUUAUUUUU